CUUCUUCUUCUCCACUUCCUCUUCCUUCCCCCCGCCGCAUCAGUUUGGGCUCGUUCGUUCCCCUUAUCCCCAUGGCCGCCGGCGGCGGCACCGCCGACGAGGAGUCGGCCCCGGCGGCGCCGAUCCACCACCUGCCGCCAGACGCGCUCCACAACGUGCUGCUGCGCCUCCCGCUGCGGGACGCCGUGGUGUGCCGCCCGGUCUCGCGCCUCUUCCACGAGACCCUCUCCUCGCCGUUCCUGGCCCUGCUCCCCGCGCUCCGUCUACUGCUGCUCCGCCACCCGCGCCCCGAGGGCGGGGGAUGCCUCCACGCCUUCGACCCGGAGCGCCGCCGCUGGCUACGCCUCCCCUUCACCUCCUUCCUCCCGCACCAGUCCUUCUCCCCAGUCGCAUCUUCCUCCUCCCUCCUCUACCUCUGGAUCGAGACCGCCGCCCCUGCGCCUCCCACCCUCCCCUCCUCCUCCUCGUCCUCCACCGCGCACCCGGCCAAGGCUCUCGCUGUUUGCAACCCUUUCGCUGGCACCUACCGCCUCCUGCCCCCGCUCGGAUCCGCCUGGGCGCGCCACGGCACCGUCCUCGCGGGCCCCGGCGGCAUGGUGCUCGUCCUCACCGAGCUCGCCGCGCUCUCCUACACCCCGUCCGGAUCUGGCAAGUGGAUGAAGCACCCGCUCUCGCUCCCCUCCAAGCCGCGGAGCCCCAUACUGGCCGCCGGCGCUGCCGCCGUCUUCGCGCUUUGCGACGUCGGCACCCCGUGGCGCAGCCAGUGGAAGCUCUUCUCCUGCCCGCUCGCCAAGCUCACCGGCGGCUGGGCGCCAGUCGAGCGCGUGGUGUGGGGUGACGUCUUCGAGAUCCUCAAGCGCCCGCGCCUGCUGGCUGGCGCUGGCGGCCGCCGCGUCCUUAUGAUUGGUGGUCUCAGGUCCUCGUUCGCCAUAGAUGCGCCUUGUUCCACGGUGCUCAUCCUCCGGCUGGAUCUGGCCACCAUGGAGUGGGACGAAGCUGGACGCAUGCCGCCCAAUAUGUAUCGUUGCUUCACUGGCCUGUGUGAGGCUGCUGCGCAGGGAAGCGCUAUGCCCACCCCGCCUACUGGCGGCAACAAUAAGGUUAAGGUGUUCGGGGGCGAUGGGAAGGUGUGGUUUGCUGGGAAGCGUGUUCGCGGGAAGCUUGCAAUGUGGGAGGAGGACGAAGUCGGGAGCACCGGUGGCAAGUGGGACUGGGUGGAUGGUGUUCCUGGAUACGGUGACGGUGUGUAUCGCGGCUUCGUGUUUGAUGGUGGGUUCACAGCAAUGCCUUGAGGCUGAUGAGAGACAUAUCCCGGAUCGGUGCGUGACCAUACGCUCACCUUAAGAUUUUUCAUUGAUCUGGGACAUCUAUCUACCCGCAUGAAGGGGAGUUGAUAUCUCUCCCAUACAUUUCAUUUACAUUGUACUUUCUUUAUUAGUUUGAUGAAAUACUUCCAGUUGUACCUGUUGAAUAUGAAACAAUCUGUCGGUUCUUUGUUGCAGACAUUAAGAUACUGUAGACAUUUUCUUUGUUAAGAUGAUAAAAUGUCAUAUUUGUUGGAUCAAAA